CCCUCUGUAGUUGGUUGGAGCAUAGAGCAAGGAACCACACUGGCGGGGCUCGUGUUUUUUUAGAAUAAAAUGUCACGGUUUUUAAGGUACCCACUGUAUGUCAAAGGCAAUCCGCAGCGACGAGUGUUCUUCACGGAUUUCUUCAUAAAGUUGCUGAAGUCGGACAAAGAAAGACCACCCAAUGUUGUUACAUUUGAAUGUCCUGUCACCAUGACAAAAUUUGACGUCAAAAACUACCUGGAGAGAAUCUACAAUGUCCCCGUUGCAAGGGUUAACACACAUAUCAUCUACGUGGCAUUCAAACGGGACCAUAAAAACAGGAGAUACAAACCUAAGGAUGACUUCAAAUUGGCGCAUGUCACGCUGGGCGAGGGUCAGACCUUCCAGUUUCCAGAGAACCUCUUCACCAAGACGGAAGAGGAAAAAACGGACGAAGAAUUGAUCGAGGAAGUCAAAGGCAGACAGAAAGUCAGGGACGAUCAGCUGCGGAAGCGAAGCGGUGUACCGUCGUGGUUUGGUGUAUGAACAGUUGCUGGACACAAAAUGGCGGUGAGAAUCAUCUCUGCGCAACGGUGUGUGAAACUGUGGAAAGCAAAAACUGGGAUUGUCCUUCUUUUGUCUUCCAGGAACUGAGAAACUUGGAGGGAUAGAUAAUUUAUGAAGUGCCUGCAUAGUGGUUGCAGCCAAGGAGACACUGCGGAUUUCACUUCCAAGUUUGAACCAGGACAUGGCUUGCAAACUGAUCACCAUCAAUUUAAAAUCUGACCGAUUUCUGCAAGCAUAACCAUGCUGUCAAAAAUGGACCAUCUGUUGCAGAAUUGUUGUUGUUGAGGUGACUCUGGAUAUUUUGUGUAGAUGAUUGCUAGUCAACAAUUUUGGAUUAAUGCCACCGCUUCAGCUUCUUUGGACAGUUUUGAAAAUCCAGCAAAAAGUCUUACGUCUACAAUUUUAAAAAAAUCUGUGAGAAGUGAAAAUCUCCAGGGAAACUGUGAUUUGUUUUGUAAAAUGUUUUCAGAACAUGAUUCAGUGAAAACUUCUGAAUCAAAAUGCAUGUUGAAAGAUUAAAAUGCAUAGAAUAGAGGAAAAGUUAAUCUUUGCCUUUUACUUUUAAAUUUUGAAACAUGCAAUCGAAUGGGUUAAAGUUGAUGUGUUCUUGUACAGGGUGGUUCAAAAAGAGGUUUACACUUUUUCAGAUCAGAUUUCUUGGAAUUCGGGAGACAUGUUAAAAUUGUUUCAAGGUUUUCCUAAACUACAUCAUCUUCAUGAUAUAUAGUGAAAACGGCUCUGAAAAAAGAGCCCAAAUUAAGAAAUGGCAAUGGUCAAAAACCAAUUUAUCCAUAUGCAAGUCUAUGAGAUAUGGUCAAAACAAUAGCACUGCAAUUACUGUAAUUAGGUCUACAUGACUGCCAUAUAUGUGGACAAACUAGUUUCUGAUCAUUUCCCUGUAAAUGGCAACUAUUUCGUACUUUGAGCUUUAUUUUUUUACGCUGUUUUCACCAUAUACCACGAACAUCUUGUAGUUAAAAAAAUAAUUUUAACCUGUGUCUUCAAUUUUGAUAAAUUUUACUCUGAGAAAGUGUAAGCUUUUUUGGGGACUACUUUGUACAUAAACAGAAUAAAGGUCUUACAUGCAGCGCUUGAAUUGACCUUAUGCUUGGUCAUAAAUAUGCAAGUACUGUCAUUUGAAUAAUGGAUGAAAAUAAAGGUUAAUGAAUACAA